ACAAGUAGUUGCGGCUGCGGCAGACGCAAGUUUAGCUGUUCGUUUGGUCGCCGCCGAUAGUUGCGGCAUGACGCAGCAGCAGACGCAGCGUUCUGCGAUUAAUUUUUUUGGACGCGGAUUGAAUUCAACGUCAGAGACUGAAAAGUUGCGUUAUAUGAAGUAAAUAACAAAUAUACCCUUGUUUUCUUCAAAAAAUUACAAAACAACUAACCCUAAAUUAACUCUCUUAUCUCGUCUUCUCCGUCGCCACCAUGGUUCUUCUUCUUCUCUAAGCUUCGUCAUCUCCAUCUCUCUGGGUAAUUACUAUACAAAUCCAAAGCUUGGUGAACAGCUUCUCUAUUUCAUCCUCUUCUCUCUUCUCUAUUUCAGUCCAAAGGUUACAGCUCAAGUGUUUUGAGAAAGAAGAUGUCUAAAGAAAUUUGGACCGAUGAGGAAACUCGGUUAUUCUUUAAACUUUAUGCGGAUGAGAGAAAAAAUGGAAAUAGAACAAGUGCAGGAAUGAAUCAAACGGGGAAAGAUAACAUCAUGAUGAAGUUCGAAGAGACAUUUAAGAGGGGAUAUAAGAAAUGGAACCCUUUUAAGAAUAAGUAUGAUUCAUGUAAGAAAAAAUACACUACCUUUAGAACGUUAACUCAUAAUAGGCCUGAGGUUCGGUUUGAUGAUAUGGGAAGGUUGGAUAUGCCAGAUGAUUGGUGGAAGCAACGCAUAGAGGAAUGGCCUGCAUCAAGAAAAUAUAGAAGCAAACUGGUUGCUAAUAUGGAUAUGUAUGAAAACGAAUUCCGUUUGGUAGUAGUAACUGGAGCUGAAGGAUGGAGCGCUCAAACUGGAGAAGCUAGUUUAAAUUCUACAGUGGAUGGAGAUGAAGAUGAUGAAGUUGAUUCUGUUGACAUAGAUAUGUCAGUGCCAAGGGUAGAGACACAGAAUCAAACACAAACCCAGACACAGACUCAAGUUGGAAGUUCAAGAGCAAAAAAAAGGUGUAGGGAGAAAGAUAUGGCUAUUGAAGCAGUUGUAAAACGGACUGAAGCUCUUGAGAAGAAGAAUAGAAUAGCAGAACAGAUGUUGGAGCGUGAGCAUGCAUCUAGUGUUGAGAGUGUAGUAGAGACACUCAAUGGAUUGCCUGGAAUUAGGAUGUGGUCUUCAUUUUACAAAGCAGCAGUUCAACAUCUUCUAGCAGAUGAAGCAACCAGGCGGGGUUUUAUAGCCUAUACUAGUGCUGAAGAUAAGAUCAAUUUUUUGGAGCUUAUGACUAGAAGGAACCUAGAUGAUUUGUAG